AUGAGACCUGAUAUUGUGCUAAAAAUAAAAGAAGAAGUCAAAAGGCAGUUCAAUGUUGGAUUCUUGCAAGAGGUCAAAUAUUCAGAUUGGGUAGCAAAGAUCGUUCCUGUUCCCAAGAAGAAUGGAAAGAAACAUAAUCCGGGUGAAUGGAAUGAGGAAUACCAGAAGGCUUUUGACAAGAUAAAGCAAUACUUGGCUAAUACUCCAGUACUUUCACCGCCAAGUUCAGAUAGGCCAUUGAUACUGUAUCUAACGGUGUUUGAAAAUUCCAUGGGAUGCGUGUUGGGCCAGCAUGAUGAAACGGGAAAGAAAGAAAGGUACAUGAUGGAAUCAACUGCUUUAAAUGGGAGAAUGGCUAUAUGGCAGAUCCUCCUCUCUGAAUUUGACAUAAUAUAUCUAGUAGAGCUUUGGAGGACGUCUUUGAACUUCGAUUUUCCAAAUGAAGAUUUGAUGUAUGUGGCAAAUACUGAAGAAAAUUCUCAAACGGAUCUCGUAUGGAGGUUAAUUUUUGAUGGAGCUUCAAAUGCUACAAGAAAUAAAAUUGGGGCGGUCUUGGUAUCCCCAAGUGGAGAUCAUUACCCUGUCGCUAGCAAGUUGGACUUUGAUUGCACAAAUAAUAUGGCAGAAUACGAAGCAUGCAUUAUGGGCAUUCGCGCAGCUAUUGAACGAAACAUCAAAGCGCUAAAAGUAUAUGGGGAUUCCGCAUUGGUGAUAUACCAACUCAGAGGAGAAUGGGAAACUAGAGACCCUAAGUUGAUCAGUUAUAGAAAGCUGGUUCUGGAAUUAAUUGCUGAGUUCGAAGACAUCACUUUUUGUUACCUUCCACGGGAAGAAAACCAAAUGGUUGAUACGUUGGCUACGCUAGCCUCGUUGAUCCAAGUAAAUAGGUUAGAGGUGAUAAAGCCUAUUCAGAUGAGUAUCUAUGAGAACCCAGCUCGUUGCUAUAGCAUUAAGGAGGAGGAAAAAGAUGAUCAUCCUUGGUAUCAGAGUAUCCUACAAUAUGUGAAGAAUUGA